CUCUCUCUUUCUCUCUCUGUCUCCCUGGGCAGGAUUGCUGAGGUGGCUGGCUACACGCCCAAAGACCUGCUGGGCUGUUCCAUCUAUGAGUACAUCCACGCCCUGGACUCGGAUUCGGUCAGCAAGAGCAUCAACACCUUGCUGAGCAAAGGGCAGGCCGUGACCGGACAGUAUCGUUUCCUGGCCAGGAACGGAGGCUACCUGUGGACCCAGACCCAGGCAACCGUCAUCUCCAGCAGCAAAAACUCCCAGCCCGAGAGCAUCGUCUGUGUCCACUUCAUCCUGAGUCAGGUGGAGGAGGUGGGCUUGGUUCUGUCCCUGGAGCAGACUGAUCGGCAAGGAGAACACCGCCGCUUGCCCCCGCCGUCCCUCGAGGGGCUGGACUCCGACGGGAGCCUGGAGGAGCUUGACGCCAAUGGCGGAGACACCAUCAUCAACCUCAGUUUUGAGCUGCGCGGCCCCAAGGUCCUGGCUUUCCUGUGCCCUGCCAACAUCAGCGAGGAGGAGUUGGAGAUGGACCCCAAACGGUUCUGCAGCCCGGACCUCCAGAAACUCCUGGGCCCGAUCUUUGACCCUCCUGGAUCUCAGAGCCCAACGGGAGGAACUCCGCGGGCGCGGCCCCCGGUGCCGGCUCCCAAACCCGCUGCGGCUGUUAAGAACGCUUCUGGAAAUAGUAGCCCCGUCAGGAAACUGUUGGCCGAGGCAGUGGCGACUGACCUGCCAGAUGAACUCCUUUUCGAUAUGGAGAAUGUCCAGAAGCUCUUUGCUGCCAAUAAGGAGCCUCGGUCGAUGGAGACCGCACUGCAGGAUUACGAGGGCCUGGACUUAGAGAUGCUGGCUCCCUACAUCUCAAUGGAUGACGACUUCCAGCUGAGCAGCACUGAGCACCCGCCGUGGCUGGCUGAGAAACGGGGGAACCUGGGAGCCCGACCGACCUCGCCGCCUCCACGGCCUCGUUCCAGAAGCUUCCAUGGGGUGUCUCCCCGCCCGCCCGAAUCGACCAACCUUCCUCGCUGGGGCAGCGAUACCAGCCUGAGCCAACCCCGCUCCGUCCAGCCAUCAGGAAGUGACCUGUGCGAUGCAGGGCAGGUGGUGGAGAUGGUGGCAUCUGUAAAGAUUCAGGGGCUGCAGGAAGUGACCGCUCCAAACGGCCCAGUGGGUGGGAGGAAGAGGGCUCGGGAGCUGAGUGUGGAGGAGGAGGGCGACAUCUUUCUGGAGGCGGGGCCCCCCAAGCGCGCUCAUGGCCACGAGGCUGACGGGUUUCUGAUGCCAUCCCUGAGCCUGGGUUUCCUGUUGAGUGUUGAGGAGUGUCUGGAUGUCAGAUCUGAGCGCGGCUGUGGGAGCGGCAUGACUUUGGGAAAGAAGCUGCUGUCUCUGGAGGAGCCCAUGAGCCUCUUGGGAGACAUGCUUCCUUUCGUAGUGGACGGACCGGCGCUCUCUCAGUUGGCCCUGUAUGACGGUGAGGAGGAGGCCUCUGUGCGUAGCGGAGAGCACUUCCAGCUCGGAGAAGAGCUCCUCGUGGAGUUGGAUCAGGCCACCUGAGGAGGCAGCCACGCCGCAGCCACACCUUCAUCCCACACUUCUGCUCCGCAGAUGGGACAAACGGAACCAAAUCCAACCCCAAAUCAUCCAUGAGAGGCAGAGUUGGAGGGGCUCCUUCCUUCCUUCCUCCUCCUCCUCCUCCUCCUCCUCCUCCCCCCUUGUCCUGCACCCCCUCUAAGCCUUCUUCCCCGAGCCCCCCAGAGCCUCCACCAGGGUCCUUAGAACUCUUCCUACCUCAGUCCCGUCCCCCUCGUCGGGCAGCCUCUCCCCUCUGGAGAUGGCGAGGGAAGAAGGCCCAGCAGAACUUAGGAGCCCGCACUGUUAGGGACAAUCUCCCACCCACCCCUCCUCGAUUAUGUAUCCUUUCAAUAUUCCUGGGACUAGAAGCCGGGUGGUGGGUUACGCCAAAGCACCCAGGUCCCACCUAACGUACAGGGUGCUUUGGUGCCGUUCAGUUCCCAAAAGAGGAGGCAGAACCACACCGCGACACGUCAGGUGGUCUGGCCAGGGGUGGUCAGGGCCGCUACUGAGCUCACAUAUGCCUCCUGUGAAAUAAGGAGCGCUGUCCUUUCCCCUGCCCGUGGCUCUGCGCCAGCCCCAAAAGCGUCGCUCGUGAACAUAAGCGGGGCGAUUCCUUCUCCAUGUCCCCAGCUUCUCGCACGAAUCCACCCAUUCCUGAAGUAACUGGGACCACCCGAUCUUGGGAGGGGGAAAAAAGAGGGGACGCUCUAAUACCACCCAACUCUUUGGGUUAAUGUCAGCUUUGCGCCCUUCAGAAGACUCCCGUCCCGUUGCCCAGACUCCUUCAGGUGCCUCUUUGGCGGUAGCGCCCUACUCAUUUACCUCAGCGAGCCUCUCGCCCUUACCAAAGGGACACGGAGGGCGUCAACGGCGCCUCAGUUAACUGAGAGAGACAUUUUUUGGUCACGGUCAAUUUUUUUUGUUGCUAUCCCACGGUCCAUUUUUUUCCCUUGAAGUGGCCAAAAAUGUAAUAGAUUUGAAUUAUUUUCCGCAGAGAGGCAAUCAUAUGGUGCUUUGGGCCGCUUUGUCGACCCUGUUGGAGCUCUGUUUACACUUGCAAGAGCCGAAACACUUCUGGGGGGGGUCAAGGCCACACGUUUUGAAACGUAAAGAAACUGAAUGUAUUAUUAAAGAUCAGAGGAGCUAGCCUAUUUUUUUAAAAAAAUACCUAUUUAAAAAUAGGAUUUUAGAUCUCUGCUCCUUCUAUUAUCAGAGAUAUUUCUAGCUUUUUGGAGGAAGCUCCCCAAACCUCCUUUUUUCAUCACUUGGAGGGAAUUUUUGUGGCUCCUUAAAUCUCAAAAGUUGUACUAAAAAUCAAAAGCGUUUUAUAACGAAAAAGGCAAAAAAAAACCAACCACGUUUUUUGCUUCACGUAAGCCACAAAAGAGCUAAAUAGCGAACAGGGACUAAAGAAUCAGAAAACGGAACGCAA